GCAUGUGCGCCAGCAACGAGGAUUGUGGAGCCGACGCUACCUGCACGGGCACUAGCGUGCAUGCUGAGUGCGUGUGCACUAUAGAGGGUACUCAGUUCAACAGACAAACGAAGACGUGUGAAGACAGCAAGACGUGUAUGGAGAUCAAGUGUGAGAAGGAUUGUGGCGCCGACGCUGACUGCGUUGAGGACGAGGAUGGUACCCUCGGGUGCAUGUGCUUCAAUGAGGAAUUUGCCUUCAACGAGGCGGACAAGACUUGCUUUGGUCCGAAGCUGCAGACGGCGGUGGGGCUGCUGUGGCAGAAGCCCAAGAGCAUGGAGGAGGUCACCUUCCCCAUCUCGGCGCCGGCAGAGCAGCUCACUGGCACCUCCACGUGCGUCAACGUGGGCACCAGCACUGGAGGCAACGCCAAGAUCACUGUGGUGUGGGAUGCGAGCCUGGAAGCGGCUGGCCUGGGCAUGUGCAAGAGCCUGGCCUUGUACUCCCAUGUGGACUGCUCGGGCCAGCCGGGCUUGACGAUCGCACGUCCCGCAAACAAAGGCCGCUCCUACCCCGUCACGAAAAGGUGUGAUGCAUGUCAGUGA